GCCCCCAGUGACAAAACAAUGGGAAAGAUCAUUUUCUACGAGGACAGGAAUUUCCAGGGUCGGCACCAUGAGUGCAUGAGCGACUGUGCCGACCUGCACCCUUACUUCAACCGCUGCAACUCCGUCAGGGUGGAGAGCGGCUGUUUUAUGGUGUACGAGAGACCUCAAUACCUGGGCCACCAGUCCUUCCUCCGCAGGGGGGAGUACUCCGACAACCAGCGCUUGAUUGGCAUCAAUGACUGCAUCCGCUCCUGCCGCAUGAUUCCCAUGCACCGUGGUUCCUACAAAAUAAGAUUGUAUGAGCGUCCAGACAUGAGCGGCCAAAUGCAUGAGGUGAGCGAUGAUUGCCCCAGCGUCCAGGACCGCCUGCGUAUGUCUGACAUUAACUCGUGCAACGUGGUGGACGGCCAUUGGCUGCUGUACGACCAGCCGAACUACAAGGGCCGGUCCUACUACCUGAGACCUGGAGAAUACCGUCGAUCCUUGGACUGGGGAGGCGCCAGUUCAAGGAUCGGCUCUCUCAGGCGAAUCACCGACUUUAAUUAA